CCCCUUUCCCAAAGGCCAAGUAAAUCUAGAGCUAGAAGCUCUGUCGCUUGUUGCUCAAAGAGGUUCGCUUGGCUUGGGUCGUUGGGUCGGAGUCAGAGGGUUAUUAUUAUAGAUCGUUGCCUGGCUAACUUUUUUUUUUUUUGCUGUGUCACUAUCCAUGAAGAUCUACGGGACGACAUCCUGUCGUUUGUUGUCUCCCCUCCUUCGAGUUUAUAAAACAAGGUUCAGCGCGUCCGUGUCAGAGUCCACCAUAGGCUCCUGCAGUUCGAUUCGAUCGUCCUCCAACAUGGCAGCUGGAGGAGAUGACAGUUGGAAGAAUGCCAAGUCCAUCUAUGAAUUUGAAGUUCUAGAUAUUGAUGGCAAUUCUGUCAAGUUAGACAAAUACAGUGGGAAAGUUUGUCUCAUUGUGAAUGUGGCCUCCAAAUGAGGUUUCACAGACAAGAACUACACUCAGCUGCAGGCACUGCACGUCAAGCUGGCUGAGAAAGGACUGGCCAUCCUGGCAUUUCCUUGUAACCAAUUCAAGAGUCAGGAGCCGGGAACGAAUGAGGAAAUCAAAAAGUUUGCUCAGGAGAAGUAUGGGGCACAAUUUGAUUUGUUUGCUAAGAUCAAUGUGAAUGGAAGUGAAGCUAUCCCUCUGUACAACUACCUCAAGAAAGAGCAGAAGGGAACGUUCGGAAACUUCAUCAAGUGGAACUUCUCUAAAUUCCUGGUGGACAGAGAGGGGAAGCCUGUCAAAAGAUAUGCACCCAACGUGGAACCAUUUUCUAUUGAGAAAGAUAUCAACAAAUACUUGUAGCAAGAUGAGUCAUCUUUCCCUGGUCCUGACCUGACCCCCCCCCCAGAGAAUGACGUUUGUCACCCACACCCUCCUCUCAAGGAUUCGCUUUCCACGCAUUCAGGACAUUUGUAUGCAGUAGUUCAGUCAAUGAAGUGUAUCAAAGAAACUUUCAGCUAAAGGCACAUAUGGUGAAAACUUUCAGCUCAAGGGACUUGUGUCUCGGAAAUAUCCAUGUUAAAGGUUGUUAGCAACAAAUUUUUUGCAGACAUUUUCAUUAUACAAAACUUGUGCCAUUGUCUUGAGGAAGAAAAGUCCGCCAAAUUCUGGCUGUGAGAUUGAGAAGGUUAGAAAAUAUGACAAGGAUAGUAGUAAUUGUAGAGUUGUAACAUCUUAUGUCACCAAGUGUGUGUGUGUGUGUGUGUGUGUGUGUGUGUGUGUGUGUGUGUGAGAGAGAAUGUUUGUGUAUGUGUGUGCAUAGAUAUAAUAUGUGAAUGAGGGAGUGUGUGUGGGUGUGUGUGCAUGUGCGUAUGUAUGUGUGUGUGUGUGGGUUUGUUUUUGCAUGCAGUGAGUGAAGGGGAGGUCAGGGGAAGUGAUCAAUGGGCCAAGAAGUUUUGACUGCAACGGGCAACAGUCUGUCUCGCCUGUACCUGUGGCCGUGCUCACCCAGACUUGUGAAGACGAGUUCUCAAACCCUGACGGGUAGGGCUUGUCGGAUGUCGGCGAGUGCAGAACGCCGCGCUGGGGUGGGCAGGGCCAGGGAACUACCUGAGGCUGGCUUUUCCCCCUUCGGUCACUUCAGUCCAGCCCAUGCAUCCAUGAAACAGUUCUGACAAAGGCAUUGCCAGAGCUGUAAUUUUUGUUUAAUUAAAAAAAUAGUUUGAUUUAUUAAGCAGAUACUUUUCUUG